AUGGGGAUAGGGGCCGGGGGCGGAGGCGCUAGUCUCGGCUUCGGGAACGGCUUUGGAGCCGGUGGAGGUAGUGGAGGAGGAGGGUUCAGGAUGUCAUCCUCCAGCCACAUGGCCGGUCUGGGGAGUGGGAUGAGCUCCGGUGGCGGCGGCAGUGGGAUGAGCUCCGGUGGCGGUGGUGGCGGCGAAGGAGGAGGUUUCGGAUUCGGUGGAGGUGUUGGGGACAAGUCCCUCGGGUUCGCCGGUAACGAGAAGCAGCACAUGCACAACCUGAACGACCGCCUGGCAACCUACAUGGAGAAGGUUCGCCAGCUGGAGGCCACCAACCACCAGCUGGAGGAGAAGCUGAAGACUUUCACCUUCAACAAGGUCGAGGCGCACGACCUGACCAUCUACAACGCAACACUCAAACCACUCAAGGAGCAGCUCAUGGGUUUCCUGAUACAGAACACUCAGAUUGCUGUGGAGAUAGACAAUGCCAAGCUGACUGCUGACGACUUCAGAGUCAAAUGGGAGAAUGAGAAGUCUUUGCGCCAGUGUGUGGAGGGGGGACAUCGGGGUCUGGAGGGAACCUGCAGCGGGAGUUUGAGAUGA